UAUAGAAAAAAUCACGAGUUCUGCAUGCGACGUUUUUUUAAUCGAGAUGAUCAAUCGAACCGAUUUAGUUUCUGGAUUCGCUGACGAAUGGUGGAACUGUGGAAGCUGUCGCGAGUGUCUGUAUAAAAAAAGAGCAGCACCCAGUCACAUAGGCACGACGUCCAUAACAGUCAGCAAAGAUGGUCGUCGGCGAGAGCGGGGGCGCAGACGCCUUCUUCUCCAAGUACGAGGCGCUCGCGUCGUCCCUUCCGGCCCGGCAGGGCUUGGGGUUCACCCCGUACCGGGAGUACCACGGCUUCUGGUACCCGGAGCUCCUGAUGGCGCCGACGCUGGCCGCGCGGGACACGUUCGCCGCCCGGCCCACCGACGUCAUCCUCGCCACCGUGCCCAAGUCCGGCACCACGUGGCUCAAGGCGCUCGUCUACGGCGUCGUGCACCGCGGCCACCACGCGCUGGCCGGCGGCGAGCACCACCCGCUCCUCGCCUCCAGCCCGCACGAGCUGGUCCCGUUCCUGCACGAACUCUACGAGCGUCACCGCUCCGCGCCGCCCGUCCCGGUCCUCGACGGGAUGCCGUCGCCGCGGCUCCUCGCCGUGCACACGCCGUUCGCCGCCUUGCCCGCGUCGGUGCCGGGGUCCGGGUGCCGCGUCGUCUACCUGUGCCGGGACCCCAAGGACACCUUUGUCUCGCUCCGCCACUUCCUCGACGAGAUCAAGCCCGAGGGGUCCGACACGACGCCGUUCGCCGAGGCGUUCGAGCUGUUCUGCGCCGGCGUGUCGCCGUUUGGGCCGAUCUGGGACCACAUGGCCGGGUACUGGAAGGAGAGCGUGGCCCGGCCGGGGGAGGUGAUGUUCCUCCGGUACGAGCACCUCAAGGAGGACACCGUGGGGACAGUGAGGAGGCUGGCCGAGUUCCUCGGCUGCCCGUUCACUGACGAGGAGGUGGUAGGCGGCGUCCCUGAAGCUGUAGUUGCUCUGUGCAGCUUGGACAGGAUGAGAAGCGUCGAGGCCAACCGGGACGGGGUGCACCGGACGGGCCGUUUGUCAAUCAAGAACAGGGCCUUCUUCCGGAAAGGGGAGGUCGGGGACUGGAAGGCUCACAUCACGCCGGAGAUGGCGCAGAAGCUCGACAGCAUCGUGGAGGAGAAGCUGCGAGGAUCUGGGCUCUCCAUCGCAGGUGAAUGAUGGAGGUAGCGCCUCGUCCCUCCAAACUGCGGAUCUUCAAAUGUGUUCUGCUUAGUCUUUACAAAAUAUAAGUGUUUUGUUUUAGCUUUUGGCUCUGGUUUGUCUUAGGCCAAAAGUCCGACCUACGCUGUGAAAUGUGAUGGCUUCGUUGCCAUACAUGAAUUAUGAAUGUUUCCCAUGUUUAAGACUGGGCGGAAUAAAAAUAUACUGUCAUACCACUGUACCACGUAUUGUACUGUGUCAGGAACAAAAAGAUUGCCAUCUUGAGCUGGUGAUUUUUUUCGUUA